AACAAUCUCGAUUUCAGCUGACCACGCCCCUUUAUCUCGAUUUACUGAACUUGCCACUAUAAAACACCUUUCUGUAAUAUCACAGCAGGCGACAUGUUGAUUUUUUUCUGUAGGUUCUGUGAAGCCGAUACGGAUCGCUGUCAUUGCUACAAAAAUGUCUUUGUAGUUAUCAGGGUGUAGGUCAUUUAAUUGUAGUCUUACUAACUAAUACGUGCUAAUUUUCGUAUGUUAAACGUUUAAUAAAGAGAAAGAAGAGGAUCUGCUCCACCCAAAUCGAGGGUGUGUAUGAAGUGAUGUUUGACCGAUAUAGAUUUGUAUCAAAAUAAUCUCAAGCUAUUUAUAAAUAUUAUUUUCUUAACUUUUACUUAUGUUCAAACGUUAAAAGUAGCGUCUGGUCUAUAAUUAACCUGUGAAAGUUUAUAAAUAUUACAAUAUUCCAUGGUGGACUUGUGAGAUUAGUCGGGUCAUUAUUUUUGAAGGUUGCCAUUUUUAUGCUGAAUAUAUCCGUGUGUGAUGAUUUUGGGCGUGAUCGCACCACUCGGUGGUGAUUUUUACAUGGCACGCUAGAGAUUCUCGUGUGCCGAGUGACGAGUGUCAGUGAUAUCGAAUACUUCGUACAUUGGAAAAAGUGGUAAGGCAAUCGGCAGUGCGUUAAAGUGUAGUGGUGGUUUCAGGUAGAGAUGCAAAUAGUGGUGUCGUUAAGUUGGAGAUAAUAUCAGUGCGGUUGCGAUUGUGCGAACAGUGAGGGAGGAUGCGGGGUCAGUGAAGGAGCAGCGCGGCACCACGGCUUCCUCAGUGGCGGGUGGCGCGCGGGGAGCCGAGUCUCCUUCGCAGGCCAACCAAGACACCGUGGACAACGCCACACCCACCUGCUGGUGGGCGGCGUGGUCGGCGAUGGGGUGUUUCGGCUCACCGGGCGGUAAGAGCAGCGAGGGCGAUGACCUCAAAUCCCAGAAGCGGAGGAGCGAUGCAAUAACUCGACAGCUUCAGAAAGAUAAGCAGUUGUAUCGGGCGACACAUCGUCUACUGUUGCUGGGUGCGGGUGAGUCCGGCAAGUCGACCAUUGUGAAGCAGAUGCGAAUCCUGCACGUCAACGGAUUCUCCGACAAGGAGCGCCGCGAGAAGAUUGAAGACAUUAAGAAGAAUAUACGAGAUGCUAUCCUAACAAUCACAGGGGCUAUGAGUACGUUGACACCACCUAUACCGCUCGAGAAGCCGGAGAAUAAGGCACGCGUCGACUACAUUCAGGAUGUAGCGUCGCAGCCCGAUUUUGACUACCCGUCGGAGUUCUACGAGCACACGGAACAGUUGUGGAAGGACCAAGGCGUGCAGCGCACAUACGAGCGUAGUAAUGAGUACCAGCUUAUAGAUUGCGCUAAAUAUUUCCUAGACCAGGUGCACAUAAUAAAGCAGCCGGACUACACGCCUACGGAGCAAGAUAUUCUCCGCUGCCGCGUCCUCACAUCGGGAAUAUUCGAGACACAGUUCGUCGUGGAUAAAGUCAACUUUCAUAUGUUCGACGUGGGCGGGCAACGGGACGAGCGUCGUAAGUGGAUCCAGUGCUUCAAUGAUGUGACGGCCAUCAUCUUUGUGACGGCCUGCUCCUCCUACAACAUGGUGCUCCGUGAGGAUCCAACACAGAACCGACUGAGGGAGUCGCUCGAUCUAUUCAAAAGCAUAUGGAAUAACAGAUGGCUGCGCACGAUAUCAGUGAUCCUGUUCCUGAACAAGCAGGACCUGCUCGCGGAGAAGGUGCUGGCGGGGAAGUCCCGAUUGGAGGAUUACUUCGCUGAGUUCGCGCGCUACCAAACGCCGCCGGACGCGACGCCCGACGCCCGCGACCACCCGGAAGUCGCCCGCGCCAAGUACUUCAUACGCGAUGAGUUCCUCCGCAUCAGCACAGCGAGUGGCGAAGGCAAGCACUACUGCUACCCUCACUUCACGUGCGCCGUCGACACGGAGAACAUAAAGCGCGUGUUCAACGACUGCCGCGACAUCAUACAGCGCAUGCACCUGCGCCAGUACGAGCUGCUCUAACAACACACCACCACACAACUACUACACCUACCCCUAACCCUCACACAACGAGAACGUGAAGAGCAAAGCAAAGGCAAGCGCUGGAGGCGACUCCUGGUCCAGCUGCCUCCGGAUGACACCAAUGUACCGACACGGCACAGCAAUAUUUACACUAUAUUAUAAUUAUAUUGUAUACGCCCCUACUUUGUGGUGUUUUACAUAUCCAAUUUAUCUCUCAAGUGGCGGAAAUUAGAACUAAAGGAAAUGUAUUGAAAUGUCAAAGAAUUUACUAGCGACAGUGGCGCCACUUACAGAUAAUUUGGUCGAUGAAUGCAAUCUCUCGCGCUCGCUCUAUGACACUCUUGUGUCGUUCGCAUGGUGUUUCCGAACGGCCACUCGCAGCCAUAGACACGGAUUUUUUUUCUUUUUCGCUCAUCCCACAAGAGUUGUUUAUAGAUUAUUUUGAUUUUAUUUUUUUUAUCGCAGAUUUUAUUAAAUUAAUUUUUAAUAUUCUAUUCGUAUUUCUGUAUUUUUUGUCGCUGUGUCUUUUUGCUAUUGUCUAUGGAUGUAAAUUUUAAUGCGAUUUUUUAAAUUUCGA